AUGGAACUGGUUGGAAAAAGUCUCGCUGACCUCAAAAAUGCUAGACCUGAAAGAGUGAGUAUCACUGUGAUGGUUGUGGCACAUCAGCGCUUCCCACUCAGUAAGCUCGUUUUACAGCACUUUUCGGUAUCCACCGGCUUGGGUGCCUCAAUACAAUGCCUUGAAGCAUGCCAGGACCUCCACAAGUACGGCUUCAUUCAUCGUGACUUGAAACCAGCGAAUUAUGCUUGUGGAUUGGGCGAGAAAAAGCGCGUGGUGUAUAUUUUGGACUUCGGGAUCGCUCGUCGGAUACUUAAUGACAAAAACGAACUGAAAACGCCACGAGUAUCCGUGCGAUUCAAGGGUACUAUUCCGUUCGCUUCCAUUGCUUGCCAUAAAGGUAUUGAAAUGGGACCAAAGGAUGACUGCGAGUCCUGGUUCUACUUAAUGUUAGAUCUCACGGUUCCUGGAGGUUUAAUUUGGAAGCGAAUUGCCGACAAAAAUGAAGUACUCAAAGUGAAGGAAGAAUGUAGAACUACGAAAAAGGAUCAAAUGCUUGGUUCUCUGAAAUGCAAAGACGAACUUGGGCGAGUUCUAGAGUAUAUUGACAAACUGCAGUAUCAUGACCAUGUAGACUAUACUUAUAUUUAUAAGAUGCUCGAAGAGUACAACUUUCAACAGCCCAACUGGAGCCUCCAGAAGAGCAAAGGAGACGUUUUGAAAUCGAAUGCGAAUUCGUCCAGGCUCUCGCCAACCCUCAUUAUGGCUUUGAAGUAUCCGCAGUGCCUUCAUAUUCUUGAGUGCCUUCAGUGCAAUAACUUUCGAGAAGCUCUUACUUCAGGAGCGAAUGCAAAGUUCAUAGAAGAUCAGCAAGUUCUCCAAUGGCUGUAUUAUUUGCGGAAGCGACAAAGACUGCAUGUGAAUCCUGAAGCGGCAGAAGAUGCAGGCGAAAAGUCUCAGGAGGAUACGGAUGACGACACUGACGGGGAUAAGACCGGUUCUGAUAUCAAUUAG